CACCUUGCAACGUCUUCUUUUUAAAUAGUCAAAGAACUACAAUUACAUUGAGGCGCGAGGAACAGGUUUAGUGCCUUAUCUUAAAGCGACAACCAAGGUUGAGAGAGGUUGGAAGCAGGGAGUAGCAGGACUUAAGGUCAACACAAGCUCUUCAUCCAAUCAACAGCUGGAUAGAACCAAGACCCCGCCCUUCAUUUUUGCUUUUUCGAUAAUCUGUUGCACUUUGGAUGUACAGCACAAUACAAAAGAAAGAUCUUUCGCUACUUCCAUCUCUUUGUGACUUUAAUGCCUGGAUUUGGCGGCCGGAAGGAAGGAGCAGCAGCGUGGCAUCCCUCUCCUCCUCUCAUGUCCCCUCCCUGUGUGUCCUUGCAUGUCAGUGUCCCCUCGUCAUCCCCCCUGUGUCUCACCCCACCAGCCCUCUGUGUUCCUCCCCCUCAUGCUUGGGACAGACUGGCCUCACUGUCAGACCAAUGACUGCCUGGAUAAUACUGCCUGUCAGCCUGGCUGCCUUUUCUAUCACUGGGAUAUGGAUAGUAUAUGCUAUGGCUGUAAUGAACCACCAUGUUUGUCCUGUUGAAAACUGGUCAUACAAUGUGACAUGCACAGAGGAAACAGCCAAGCCAGGCUUCCCAAAAACAUGCUGCACCAUUCAAGACAUCCCCCUCAUCAGUAAAUGUGGAUCUUACCCUCCCGAGAGCUGUCUUUUCAGUCUUGUUGGUAAUGUGGGAGCUUUCAUGGUAGUGUUGGUGUGUCUGCUACGGUAUGCUCAGAUCAUUGAGCACAGGAACCACUGUUGGCUCAACACUAGUGGACUUGUGUCUGGAUGCACCAAUGCUGUGGGACUGGUCAUGGUGGGCAACUUCCAGGUGGACCACGCUAAAACACUUCACUAUGUAGGAGCGGGUGCUGCCUUCCCAGCAGGCAUUCUGUUCGUGUGUUUGCAGUGUUUGCUGACCUACCGGGUGGCUGUCACUGCUCUGGACUACUGGAUGGCUCAUGUGCGUGUGGCACUGGCUACUGGUGCUCUCAUCACACUGGUUCUCAGUGGGAUAUUCUUCAUCCACGAGAGCUUUGUCUUACAACACGCAGCGGCCAUCUGUGAGUGGGUCUUCACUGUAGUCAUCCUCGUAUUCUAUGGGACUUUCACCUACGAGUUUGGCACCGUCACAACUGAGACCAUGUUGGCCGGCCUCCAGCGGAACCUCUCGCUCGGGCCCGGUGUUAUGAUCGGAGACGACAUCCAGGGAGACUCCCUGGGAGGCACCACCACAAAGGGUUUGAAAUCUCCAGGUGGAAGCAGCACCUCCACCCAUCUGAACUGCACUCAUGAGAACAUCGCAAUGCUUUAGACACAUCAGCACAAACGCAGUCACAUACUGCCAGGUGGAAAGCCUCACAAUGGUGCACCCUACAUUUAAGACCACACUUGAGCUGAGAUUAAAGUGAUUUAGAGGAACCGUCCAGUCUGAUUCGAGGCAGGUUAAGAGUUGAACGGGUUUACAAGUGUGACUGUUGUAUACUACCAUUUCAGAUUUAAAUCUUGUGAUAAAUUUGUCUUUUUUUCGUCCCGUUUUGCCUUGCGAAUAAGCUUCCGUUGGGUUGUAUGUGGAUAAAAAAGGUUGUUUUUAAAGAACAGGGAUUUUAGAUCCACUUUAAGGUUGUUGUUAGCACAGAUCCAAUGGUUUGUGAGGUCACUUUGCUGUUGCUUGAACUGUUGCACUGGGCGAUGGGGUAAAUCUUUACGGUCACGUUUGCACAAAUGUUUCAGGGGUAUCUCUUUUAGAGCUUGUUACUGUUUGCCCACACUUGCUGUUACAAAUGGAUGAUUUGCAGGUAACACAAUGAAUGAACUUGUAAAUUUAAGUUCUUUUCACUUUUUUGGGAUUGCAGACUAUCAGGAUCUGAGUAUUAUAUCAUUUUUGAAAUGUGAAUGUCUAAAAAAUGGAUUGAACUAUAGCCUUUGAGCAUCUAUUAUUUUGGAAUAAGAAGAAAAAUACAUUAUAACUGAAAUCUCAUUUAGAAUAUUAAGUCUCAUUCACCCAUUUUUUUGUAAUGGUGGCCUUUUUAAUGAUGCAGUGGGUAAGAUAGAUGUUUUGUCAUGCUGGCUUGCUUCUGUCCUGUUUCAUUCUUGUUUUUAUUCCCUAUUAUUAUUUCAAGCAGGAAGAAGUGAUGUUUGGUGACCCGAGCUCUAACCUUGCCUUCCUUGUCGGUUAAUAAGUUGUAGAAUAAGUAUAUUCACAUUGACUGUACCUGUAACUUUUUAUAUAUAUUUUUUUAUAUAAAUUUCUUCUUUUUUUCUGUCAAGGGCCAUAAAAACCACUCCAAAUAUGCCACAUCCAUUCAGCGUUUUACAUUGUUAUUUUACUUGCAUAUCUUUGUUGAUUAUUUUGUGUAGUUUUAUGAUUUUUUUUUACGUAAUCAGCACAUCAGUUUUUUUUUCUGUCGCCAAAGGAUGCAUUUAAUUUUGCUAAAUAUGUACUGUAUGCCUUUGAUUCUUUAACUCUCAUUGUUUUGUGUGUGUGUGUGUGUGUGUGUGUGUGUGUCACACAGCCACUGAUAAAAUGACUACUGGAAUAUUAACAAAUUUUGAAACAAUUAUAUGAAUGAAACCUAGGCUGGAAUCUAGGAAACUUUCUGAGGGUUGAGUGGUUAUGGUGGCCUUGUAUUUGUGUGAUGUUUCCGUUUCAGGCUGUCAAUCAAAGGGUCUGUAUUGCUUUUAAAGUGACUCCAGAUUUAUAGUGCUUUAACACAGAAAUGUGCCAGUUAUUCUGUUUAUUUGCUAUUUUUAAAUGGGACAGAUAAGUUUCAUGCCAAUGAAAGGACUGUAAAUUUAGCUGUGGUCUCUAGGCAUCAUACAUGUUUAUCUCUGUUGACUCCUCUAUUAUUGGAGAGCCAAUUGAAAUUGUUUCCACUUCUCAUUCAAGGGAAUAUUCACAGCGCUGCACUGUACAACUGAAACCAUCCAUUUAAUUUAAUUUUGAAUGUUUUUAUUUUUUAUUGCUACAUCCAAAAUGUAUCAGUUGCUCAUUACAUACAUAAAUACAUUCAACUCAAACAAAACUGCAUAUAGAGGUAACAUAACUGAUAAAAUUCAAACAAAAACAAAAGGGCAUAAAAUCUUGGGUAGUAUAAAGCAUGUGCAUAUGAACCUAAAGUCAAUGUUGAUGUCAUUUCUCAUUAAUUGUCUUUUUUGCUAUAUCCCAGCAACAUGCAAUUUUUGUCAAUGCAUAUAGUCCAUAUUAUAUUAUCUGAAUAAUAGAUCAGUCAUUUAUAGGUCACCUAAGAGCAAAAGUUUGUGCAAGGAUUGUAAAUUGAUUAUUUCUUAGUUAUGUUACAAUUUGAACUGAUUUUUAUUUUGAACACAUUAGGCUUGGUCAAAGACUUUAAAGUCACAAGGGAAACCUGUCAGAUGUUUUCAUUUCAUUUUGUUGCCAACUUUUGCAAAUUCGAGGACUAUCUGAAUCUCCUCACAUGAAAAUGAUUCAAAUAUAAUGUGUUUUUGGUUGAUGAUGUUUCUUUCUUGAUGUUACAUGACUUUCAGCUGUUGUCUGGAUAGAAGUUAUUUUUCUGAUGCCUUUGAUGUAAUCAAAGUAUUUUUAUCAACACAUUGCAUCUGUGAAGAACAUGACAGAGAUGUGAGGGUCACACUCCAAAAUCGAAAUAAAAACAAUGCAGAGAAUAUCUUUAUUCUAUGAAUUACUUAUGUAAAUAAGUAAGAUUUAUGUAUAAUUUCAACAAUUUUCUUUGACAGAGAUUUAUAUUGAAUUACCAAAACAUCCAAUGGAUAAUAAACAGGUUUAUCUGUU